GACAGGCAGUUGAAAUUUCGGAGACCCGCGCAAUUUUUGGCUCCUCGUAUUUCCGAGCAGAUUUUCUCAGACAUGCGAGCACAAUCCAAGAACCACAAGCAUAGGCAGGCAUUGUAAUGGAAGCCAUCCAAAUCAAGCCUCGCCACCGACAAGAAGCCAUCCAGUUCCGGAGCCAUCUCAUGAACCCGCUCCACUUCGCGCUCAGACCCAAAAUCUCCUUCGCUGGGUCUCGCUUCAUCUCGCUCUUCUGUUCUUCCGCCCUGGCUGCAAAUCAGGCUCAAGUUCGGAUUUUGGACGCGCCGAGUUCGCGGAGUCCUGAUUCGAGGAAAGAGGGCGCUGGUGGGAACGGGAAUGGGAAUGGGAAUGGGAGAAUUAAGGUUAAGGGUAAGUCCCCCGAUGCUCAGCUGAAGCAGAGGUGGUUGGACUCGCUCACUUGCCCUGUUGCCGCUAGUUCUGGGUGGGUAGAUUGUGAUGGAGAUAGUUUGGGCUUGGAUUGGGUUAUCGGCAUCGAUCCGGAUCUCUCGGGUGCAUUGGCGCUCUUGAAACCCGACAAGUCCGGGUUUUCAGCUCAGGUGUUUGAUUCUCCCGCUGUUCCAAUACUGGUUGGUAAAAGAACUCGAAGGCGAUUGGAUCCCAAGUCUAUUGUUCAGUUGCUUCGGAGCUUGGAUGCUCCAAUUGGGACAAAGGCAUACAUAGAACAGUCUAUUCCAUUUCCUAAUGAUGGUAAACAGGGAUGGUGGAGUGGAGGUUUUGGAUAUGGCUUGUGGAUUGGAAUCUUGGUUUCGUCGGGAUUUUCCGUGGUUCCAGUUGCAUCUUCACUGUGGAAAAAUGUAUUUGAGCUCUCUGGGAGUGCCUUCACAAAGGAUGACAGUCGGAGGGUUGCAUCAAGUUUGUUUCCUUCUUUGGAUGAUCAACUUAAAAGGAAGAAAGACCAUGGUAGAGCUGAGGCUCUUCUUAUUGCCGCCUAUGGGAAAGGCUUGAAGUUGAAGUCAAAUUCAUCGUGUAUUGUUGAGGAAGUGGUCUCUUCGUCGCUCCAUUUGUUUUGA